UUCCUGUAUUUCAUGAAUCUCUUCGAUUAAAGAUAACGGAAUUGCUUCCUUGUCUUGUGAGAGCCAUUCAGUGUCAAUAUUCAGUAAUUAGGUACAUGGCUGCCCGUUGCUUUGCCACAAUUGCAAAUGUUAUCACUGUCCAGAGUAUGCAGAUCAUAAUAGGUCAAGCAAUACCACUAUUGGGGGAUUCACAGAAUGUGAUACGUCGUCAAGGAGCUGCCGAACUAAUAUACCGUAUCCUUCACAAUGUUCCAUUUGAUGUUGUGCAAACUAUGGACGCAAAGAUUCUACCAUAUGUCAUCUUUUUGAUAGUACCAAUUUUGGGUCGAAUGAGCGAUGUGGAUGAAAACGUUCGAUUAGUAAGCACCAAUUGUUUUGCUAUGCUAAUAAAGUUGGUUCCGUUGGAGGCUGGAAUACCUGAUCCACCUGGAUUAUCUACAGAAUUGUUGAUACACCGAGAUGAAGAACGCAAAUUCCUUGCUCAACUGCUUGACAGCAGAAAGUUGGAUCCAUAUGAAAUUCCCGUUACGAUCAAAGCUGAAUUAAGAAAAUAUCAACAAGAAGGCGUAAAUUGGCUUGCAUUUUUAAACAGAUAUCAAUUGCAUGGAAUAUUAUGUGACGAUAUGGGUCUUGGCAAAACACUUCAGUCUAUUUGCAUUCUUGCAAGUGAUCACCACAUGCGUGCCACAAAAUAUAAUGCAACAAAAUCACCAGACAGCGUUCAUUGUCCAUCUUUAGUUGUCUGCCCACCUACAUUGACAGGACAUUGGUAUCACGAAAUAUUAAAUUAUACCGACACAUUAAAACCUCUACUGUACUCUGGUAAUCCUAAGGACAGAGAUAGGCUCCGACCAAAGAUUUCUAACUACGACGUAGUUAUCAUGUCUUAUGAUAUCGUGCGUAAUGAUAUUGACGAUUUGGCCAGUAUACAUUGGAAUUAUUGCAUCUUAGAUGAAGGACAUGUGAUAAAAAACGGAAAAACAAAAAUUACUAAAGCAGUGAAGUCUGUAAAGGCAAAUCAUCGAUUAAUAUUAUCCGGAACACCAAUACAG